UUCUGCUGAGUAGACUGUGCAUCUGGUUCGUGAGCAAACGUGGACCUGUCUCCCUGGAAAGCAAACCAGGGCCACCUGAGAAGAGGCUAUGGAAGCUAACACCCAGCUCUUGAGGGUCAUCCAGGAAAUGCGGGCAGAGAUGGACAAGCUGGAGAAAGAGAAUCAGGCCCUCCGGAUGAAGCUGUCCUCAAGUAGUCAGAGAACCCUGGGCUCAGGGGCAGAAUCAGGAGACGAAGGGGAAGAAGAAGUCACAGACCUUGGUAACCUCGGAAAAGCACCUGGACAAUCUCCAGCAACCCUUCACGGCGGUGUUUCCACUGAUCCAGCCCCUGUGCAGGGACACCAAGGCAAUGUCAUGAUUGUUAGACGCUAUUCCAUUUCCUCACCAGUUCAUUCAUUUGCUGCAAAUGAUCCCUGGAAAGCUGGGAAAAGACAUCCAAAUCAUGGAAUUCUAGAAUCUCAGGGAACAGUAAAAUCACUGGCAUGUGCUUCAAUUAAGAAGGCAGACAAUGAAGAAGAGAUGUUUGCAGCAGAUUCUUUUGCCAGCAACAAUUCCAACCAAAGAGCUUUUCCUGAGCCUGUUUUGGGUGGCAGGGACAAGAUAAAGGCAGUCAGUUUCCUGUUACCCAUGGAUAUGUCUUCAUAUUCCAAAAAUUCAAGUUCUUUGAAAUACUCACCAAAUCAGACUACAAACCAGCUAAACACCAUUGCAGAAUAGGAUGUGUGAGGUGGAGAAAUUUAAGAAAGAGCUGAUUUUGAAGAGAUGGGAACACUGAGACCUCCCUGGGUCAGUGUCCUCCCCUGCAAAGAGCCGUGGCAAGAUGCCCAGGAAGAUGUGUGAAACACCCAGCACUGGGUCAGUGAACUUGGCCAAUAAAUGGAAGCAAUUACUUUAUGUUCUUGUUGAAUAUGAGUGUUGAUGUGAGUACAGUGGCUAUUGUAGUCUCUCUGUGCUACAUGUGAGCUAUUAGCUAUAAUUAAAUUAAACUCUGUGCUAAGGGUU